AAGUCAUUGCGUCUCCUCAAUCAGUGUCAAGCAGAGCUGUACUUUACGCAUAUCACUUCGUUUGCGCAUAUGCGAUUUUCUUCCAACUCUCAGCCAGUCAGUCGGAUCUGAUCAGCACGUCUAUACCAUGGCCUCUUCAGCGUUGGCUACAAUCAACUUCGUCAACCACAUCCCCCAUAAUGUUAAUCCAUACGUCAAGGUAGCACAUCAUAUGCAAGCUUUGAUGAAUCUCCCUCACUUGCCACCUUGGCUCACCUCGAUACAGUAUUGUACGAUUUUCUUAUACAUCAUGGUCUUUAUGCAAGCUGUGAAGCUCUUGAACACUCACGUCCAAGCCAAGCAUCUCACGUUGGUUUCAUUUUGUCGACUCGGCUUGGUCCAGGUAGAGUUCCCCGUCGUGAUGGCCAUUGUGCAUAUCCUUUACGCUCCAUUGGUUAUAUUUGACAUAAUUUUUCUGGAAUUGGUCAACGCCAGGUAUAUUAAUGACAUGUCUGUAGAAAUGAUUGUUUUCGGCUGCAAGUUUCUUCUACUUGAGUUUAGCUCAUGGUGUUUUGUCUGGGUCUGCGCGUGCCAAGUCGCAUCACACUUCUACGCAUCACCACCCCAUAACCCCUCCGCCUCGUUGCACCAGAAGCACAACCGAACUUUAAAUCCGAUAGUGCGAUGGUGGGCAAAUGUCUCGUUUUUGGCGGUCAUCCUGAUUUCAUCAUUUUUUGUUGUGUACUUCUACGCAAUAGCUGAUAUCGAGUAUAACUCAGCCAAAAGAAUUUUGCACGCAAUUGUCGGAGAACUGAACUCCAAAGCUCGUCACUUCAACCCUCAAACGUACAGUACCCUCGAUAUUCUGCCACUUUUGACCCCGGCCUUGGCAGUCGUCCCUCAUGCGCAUCUGAGUGCUCACUUUACCCGAGUCGGCAUCAUCUGCCAUCUGGCUGUCUUGAUUCUUCUCACUAUCACUUACCUUCCUACCCUUUGGGUAUCUUUCUAUCGGAUAUACGCGGAAUCUGAUCUUGAGCGGAGAUUGUGCGCUCCUUUGGAGGAGAUCGAGGGGGAAUCUCGCGAUAGAUUAUCAAGGACCGUCUCUAAGACCCGGUCACAGAGGAGGACUGUUGUCUGGCAGGCAAUUGCGUGGUUCAGUGGAACUUUAAGCGCGACUUUGAUCCUUGUUACUCAACUUUCAUUCAUGAGGGGUGACAAUUUCUUGCAAGACGAGAAGUGGAUCAUUCUGACUUAUGUUGGAUUACAUCUGCCGUUUGGGUUUUUGUGUAAUAUAAUAUUAUUUAAUCUCAAUGGAUACGCGCUUCAAAAAUAUCCGCAAGACAAAUUUAACUCUGUUCGCGAACAAUCAGUUCGGUGGGAAGAAGACGAACAACUCGCGACCAAUGCUCCCAGCAAAGGAUCAUCCCCCCCAACUUUGAAGAUACAAGAAAUUUAUGUGUCACAAGAGAAUCUUCCACGACCCGUUGGAUCUCUUUUCGUUGCAAUGCCCACGUCUACUUACAAAAGUGACCCCAGGCUGGAUCGGUCAUCCCGAGAUUUCUUUGUUAUCAGCCCUGACGGAACCCUUCAUCAUGGCAAACAAUCCCCGCAUCUGGAUAUUUGAAGUAAAAUGGUCUUCCUCCUCUACCCAGCUUGAGAAUACUUUAUCAAUAACUCAGGUAGGAUGUACCAUAUUCUCUUUUGUCACUGAGGCACUUGACGUGCUUUCAAAUUUAGCCCACGCGUACCAUGGACUUUCAUCAUGUGAACAGCUCAGCUCUUAGCACAUGUCUCAAUCAACUGAUAGAUGAAAGACGUCACCAAAUCAGUUUAUCUCUCGUUUUAUCAGAUCAACCUAUUUUCAAUCUUUGUUUCCAGAUUUUAAUAUUUUAUCAUGAUUUAUGUACUAGCAAAGAGUUGUAAGUAUCACUUGACAUAACCUACAUACCAGUCUGGUAUCAGGAGAUAUCCUGGAUAAGUAGUAGGUUUCAGAUCAGGACUGCUGCAGCGGACAAUACAUUUCAAAGUUUCAAUUAUCUCAAAUAAUUUCAUAUAAAUCCAAUUGGGAUACUUUCAUUUAUUUUUCUUUGAAGAGAUUUCUGAAUAAAAACUUUCUGUGUGUACUCUGAUUCAGGGGUUCU